AACCCGUAUCCUUGCAUCGAGGAGCCCGAGGAGCUUGAGAACCAAUUCACGAUCAAGAAUUCCUUUUGGUUCACAAUCGGAGCGAUCAUGCAACAGGGCUCAGAACUGGCGCCCAUAGGACUCUCAACGAGAAUGAUGGCGUCGUCCUGGUCGUUCUUCGUCCUCAUCAUGGUCUCGUCGUACACAGCAAAUUUAGCCGCUUUCCUGACCGUCGAAACGAUAGUCUCGCCGUUCUCCAACAUCGACGAAUUAGCAAAGAAGAAGACUAUUAAAUACGGUGCCAAAGAAAAGGGAUCUACGCUUAUUUUCUUCAGAGAUGCCAACUACUCGACGUACCGGGAUAUGUACAAAUACAUGAAAGCGAACGCCAAAGACGUACUGACGCAGACCAACGACGAGGGCCUGGAAAAGGUGCUCAAAGAGGAUUACGCGUUUCUAAUGGAGUCCAGUUCCAUCGAGUACAUCGUCGAACGGUACUGCAACGUCACUCAAAUUGGAGGACUCCUCGACGCAAAGGGUUACGGGAUCGCCAUGAAGAAACAUUCAUCGUACCGUCACGCGUUUAACGCCGCCGUGUUGAAGCUACAGCAAAGCGGACAGAUUACCGAGUUAAAGAAUAAAUGGUGGAAGCAGAAGCGCGGGGGUGGAACGUGCCAAGAAGAGGGCGGUCAGAGUGCGGCGGAGGAGUUGGAUCUUGAUAACGUGGGUGGCGUGUUCUUGGUUCUAACCGUGGGCGUAGCUGCCUCCUUCUUCUUCACUAUAGCCGAGUUACUAUGGGACAUAGCUGCUACAGCAAUGCGAGAAAACGUAUCGUUCAAAGAUGAGUUAAUCGCUGAGAUGAUGUUCCUGAUAAAGUGCGGUGGGUUUUCGAAACCAGUAAGAAGGAGGAAAGGAUCGUCGAAUCGAAGCGGAGAGGACAGCAACAGAGGCUGUACGCCUCCAUACGGAUUUAUACCAACGAUCACGACUACAAAUUCCGAUGACAAAUAAAAUAAUGUUUGUAAUCCUAAUUACAUAGUACAUAAACAGAUCUGUCUGAUAAAAAUGUACUUAAAUAUAAACUUGUCGAAUUCCA